CCCACAUUAAAACAAACAGAAACCCCAAAUAAGCUUUCAGGACAGAACUGGUAGCGGCCACCACUGCGAUUCAGACGUAAGAAAGGGCUCUUGGUUUUAGUUAAACCUGUCAGAUCCUGUCAUGGCUAUUACUGCAGUCCUUCUGCUGAGCAGUCUUGGCUUUUUGGCAAUUACUGCUCAAGCUCAAAACUGUUCCAGACCUCCUAAAGGAGAAAAUAUGGAUUUAAAGGGCAAUGACAUUCUUCUAACUAGUUUUCCAGAUGGGACCACAGUUACUUUUGCCUGUAAUACUGGAUAUGAGUCUGCAGGAGGGUCCCCACGUAUUACUUGUACUGCUGGAAGUUGGAGCUCUCUGGGGUUGAAAUGCCAACGGAAGAACUGUGGCCCUGUGGGGGAAGUUGAAAAUGGACACAUUGAAUAUCGUCCUGGGACUGAAUUUGGUGAUACAGCAGUGCUCAUUUGUGACAUUGGUCAUAUGCCAGUUGGUGGAGGAAAGCUCACUUGUGGAACCCAAGGGUGGAUGGGCAGGUUGCCUGUAUGUGAAGUGACACAAUGUGAAUCACCCCCUGUAGUACAGGAUGGCUCUUUCAGUCCAAAUAGAGAAGUCUAUGACUAUAAAGACACUAUAGUGUACACCUGUAAAAGCGGCUAUACACGUAAUGGAUCAAGACAGUUGCAUUGUUCGGAUGAUGGAACAUUCAAGCCUGAGCCUCCAAAAUGUAUCAAGGUUGAAUGUGGAGAUCCAGAGAUUUCAUUUGGACAGUUGAGUAGCGGUGCUCGACCUCCAUAUGGAUACUCGUCUACAGUCACAUUACAGUGUAACGCUGGAUACACAAUGAUUGGAUCCGCUACUGUGAUGUGUGGGCUAAAUAGUCAGUGGUGGCCUGGACUUCCUCAGUGUAUUCCUCAAAACUGUUCCAGACCUUUUGGAGACAACAUGGAUUUAAAGGGCAAUGACAUUUUUCUAACUAGUUUCCCAGAUGGGACCACAGUUACUUUUGCCUGUAACACUGGAUAUGAGUCUGCAGGAGAGUCCCCACAUAUUACUUGUACUGCUGGAAGUUGGAGCCCUCUGGGGUUGAAAUGCCAAAGGAAGAACUGUUUCUCUGUGGAAGACGUUCAAGAUGGACAGAUUGAAUAUCGUCCUGGGGCUGAAUUUGGUGAUAAAGCAGUGCUCAUUUGUAACAUUGGGUAUAUGCCAGUUGGUGGAGGAGAACUCACUUGUGGAACCCAAGGGUGGUUGGGCAGGUUGCCUGUAUGUGAAGUGACACAAUGUGAAUCACCCCCUGUAGUACAGGAUGGCUCUUUCAGUCCAAAUAGAGAAGUCUAUGACUAUAAAGACACUAUAGUGUACACCUGUAAAAGCGGCUAUACACGUAAUGGAUCAAGACAGUUGCAUUGUUCGGAUGAUGGAACAUUCAAGCCUGAGCCUCCAAAAUGUAUCAAGGUUGAAUGUGGGGAACCAGAGAUUUCGUUUGGACAGUGGAGUAGCGGUGCUCGGCCUCCAUAUGGAUACUUGUCUACAGUCACAUUACGAUGUAACACUGGAUACAAAAUGAUUGGAUCCGCGACUGUGACGUGUGAGCUAAAUAGUCAGUGGUCACCUGCACUUCCUCAGUGUAUUCCAAACCCCACAACAACUACCACUACAACCACUACGACCAUUACCACUACUAACCCUUCUACCCCAAAGAAACCAACAGUUCAAGGAUGUGAAGAUCCCCGAAAGAGAAGUGCUCAGGUGACUGUGAGCCCUCAACCUCCAUAUAGACAUGGGGUUAAAGUGACUCUCGGCUGCUCAUCUGGAUACAAGCUAAAUGGACCAGAUACCCAGACAUGUGAAAAUAAUGGUCUGUGGUCACCAGGAAUUCCAGAAUGUACACUGGACAAUGGAAAUGGCAGUUCUAAAGGUUUAGUCAUUGGCAUUGUGGUUGUGGUCAUCGGAGCCCUGGCCGGCGGCUUUGGAGGCUUUAUGUGGUACAAGAAAAACAGCAAAAAGGGAAAGCGCGCUCGAAGAGGCAAUACUGACAAAGAUGCUACAAAUGUUGGAGAGGAAGUACUGUAGCACUCUCGUAAGCAUGACAGCCUGGAUAUUCCACAACUACUUGCUGUGAAAACCGCUUCCUAAGAAGAAUGUCGAAGGACCAGUCUUUGAAUGUACAUGCCCUCUGUGUACAUGCAUUUGCCUGAAGUUUCUGAGCACCUCUCUUAAAAUUGGAUUCCGAAGACCAAGAAACAUCAGUGGAUUGGGACAUGUUAUGCUUCGAGUGGCUUUUUGUUUUCUGAUCAUAACAAAGAAACUGAUAAAUAUUUAGCGGAGAAACUUCAAUUCUAUGUUGAAUUUAUCUGUUGCACUGUAGUAAAGGAACACAGCUUGACUAUUGUAGCUCAUUUACAGAUGGUCUAAAAUGAGCAAAAUUGGCACACAAUGUCUGUAACUACUCAUUUGGAUCAAAAAAUUUUGUUGGAAAAGUUUUGUGUAUUAAGGACUGUUAGUUUGGAGAGUUAGAUCUGUAAAAUGGUCCCAAAUCUAAUCAUAAGGCAUCUAUUCAUGCCUUAAUGCAAAAAAAAAAAGUGUUUUAGCUUGUGCUUCAUUCAAAUACUUGUGAAUUUCAUAAAUGUUAACCCAGUUGUUGGGUUUCCAAACCUGCCUGCAGUGUUUAGUCUUAAAUAAUGUCAGCACCUUGUUUUGUUUUUUUUAAUUUGCCAAAGUAAGUUUGAGGAUAUGUGAAGACACUUCAAUCAUCCAGGAAAGGAAAUCCCAAAAAGUUGUUUCUGUUCAUCUGGACUCAUCUUUAGUCUCAACUGACUGCAGGUUUCCCAGAUCUUACAAACCUAAAGUCAGCUGGGACUGAAGAAGUGAAUGAAAUGUUUCUCCCACUGGACAUGCUACGAUGAACAGAAACAACUUUUUGGGAUUGAGUUUCAAGGUUUCAUUGACAAGGGGGAGGAAAAAAAAAAAGUCAUAAACUUGUAUUUUAUGUCUUUUAAACAUUUGUGGAUAUCAGCCUGUCACUGCAUGAGUUUUUGUUUUGUUUUUUAAAUUGUCUUUUGACUACUCGCUGUUCAGGACAUGAAGAUGAAUAUUUUGAGAAUUAGCUCAAUUGCCUUGCUUAAUAUUUAUUAUUAAAAUAAAAGAAUCUGAUUUUUAAGUUGGAACAAAAUUUAUAAUAAUAAAAUCAAUGACAACA